AGCUCUCAAACGCCACCUUAACUGCGCCGUAACCGUAGCAUCGUGAUCGAAAGUAGAGAGAGAGAUACGCUAUAUGUAUUGUAUCUGCCAUUUUGCAAGUGGUAAAUAGGCGCGGGUCUUUCAGUCGGAAUCGUUGUAUCAAGAGCAACGCCGAAUGUAAAUCGAUCGCGAGUACAGGCGGUGCGGUUUACGAUCGAUGAAAGACAAAUGGCCGAUUCAACGAAUGGUUUUUAGUUUGAUUUUUGCUGUGGUUAAAUCGCGGUAUUCACGGGAGAAAAUUUUUCAUUUUUCUUAUUUCUAACUCACCGUCCCAAUUGAGCAGUGACUCAUAAUUCCACGGUAAUGACAUUUGUGUCCCACGCGACAUUCGCUCUACGUUUCACCUGCUAGUGUUUUUCAAGGUCUUCCGUAUUUAUAUUCGUCAUAUAACGAUUCAAUUUUGAUGCGUUUACACGAGUCUCUCGACCGUUUCAUUCAACAUUCGUACCGAUAAACGUCUACGAUUCUGUUUCGGGUUCGAUCAGGGAUAGCCGCGGAGUUUACAUUGGACCGUUCGUCGCUUCGUUAAAUUGUCGCAUGUACCCUUCAACGAUCCAAAAUGUACCAGUACCAUUGGUAAAACAAAACAGAUUGUAGCUGUCAAUUGCUUCCAACGCAAUAAUCUAAAACUUUAAUAACAAAGUUGGAAAUACCUGUAAAAUGAUGGACAUCGAUCCUCCACAAUUUGUGUCCAAGGACGAUGAAGUUCAGUAUUGGAAAGAUCUUGCGCAUCAACUACAUAGAAGAAAAGAAGAUAUAGAAAGGGAAUUGGAAGAGUUCCAAGAAAAUUCACAAUUAUUAGAAAAGGAAUUAGAAGCAUCUUUGGAGCAAGCAGAAAAAACUAACAGAGAAUUGCGGCAACGAAAUAUUAGACUUGCCACCGAGGUGGAACAAUUGAGGACAAGAUUAGAUCAACAAACAUCAGACUGUGCAAUGUUUCAGGGAAAGGCUCAAGAUUUGCAAGCACAACAUGAUCAUUUAUUAAAGUAUAUAAGGGAAUUAGAACAAAAGAAUGACGAUUUAGAAAGAGCUCACAGGAUAAACAGGGUAACAGAAGAGGAAAUAGAGGCUAAGCUUAACUCUGCCAUUGAGAAAAAUGCUUUGCUGGAAUCGGAGCUUGACGAGAAAGAAGGCCUAAAAGUUAUAGUACAGAGAUUAAUGGACGAAAUUAGAGACUUAAAGCAGGAGAUUCAAGUCCAAGAAAGGCAUCAACCGGAUAAUGAUAAGUCCGCUGACAGAGUUCGUAAUCAUGUCGAUAGUAAUAAGCUACAAGUUGAAUUGGAAACUCAUAUAUCAUCUACCCCAAUAGUACAACAAUCCAUACCUCCAAGUAAUACAACUUCACCACUAAAAAUUGGAAACAGAGUGGUAGGGGGUGUAACUGGGAACAACAAUAACAAUAAUAAUGUGAAUCCACCAUUGGCACCAUGCACAAGAAUAUUAGCGAUGAAUAUGAUUGGUGAUCUUAUGAGGAAAGUUGGAGCACUGGAGAAUAAGCUAAAUACGUGUCAAAAUCCAUCUCGGGAGGAUCAAGCCGUUCGUGAUCUCUACAGGACUAGGCGGCAGGUACGAGGCUUUGCCUCUGGAAACAGCAACCACAUUCGAUUAUAAACAACGGAAAAUAUUCCAACAAUACAUUUUUACUUCGUACGACGUACAUACUUCUAUGCCUAUUGAUUUGUUUUAAUUCUUAUCCAAAUCUCGUUUACUAAUUUAUUGCAAAAUUAUGGCAUGAGUGAGAAUUAUUAUUUCUAUCGUGUUACUUUUUAUUUAUAUCUAAUGAUUAUAGAAUUGCUUGACUCCCGCUCUUCGAGAGACUCUGCGAGUUUUGGAAAUUAUUUUCAAUUUCCUAUCAUCAUUAUUUAAAAGUAUGCUUAACAAUGGUAUGAACGGAAUUUGUAAAUAUUUUAAUUUCUAAGUAUAAAUUUGAUAACGUGAUAAUUGUAGGCACGUAGCACAGUUACGUUCUAUAGGUACAUAUAUAUAUAUAUAUUCACAAAUGAUAUUACAGGAUUAAUUUGUGAGCUAUUAUUUUCAGUACAUAUUUUUAACACGAUUAAACAUUUUGACAUAAUUUAGGAAGAAUGUUUGUAACGUCUAGUGCAAAUUUAGCUUUUAGAGUAAGUUAGAUACAUGUCUAUUUUUAAUAACAAAACGAAUGAAUUUUCUCAUGCGUCAUGAAGUAGUUCAGUUUUAUACUUCGAAACAUGUAAGUUAUUGGUACUAGAUAUUUUACCAUAAUUUGUGUGCUUUCAUGCCACUUGCAUAAUUUUAAAUAGCUUCGGAUCUCUGAAUAUUUAUACAAAGUAGAAAAUAUACUAACACCGCUAAAUAAAAUGUAUUAACUAAUAAGAAAAUUUGUCGAUACUUAUUAGAUUUCGCUUAAAUGUAUCAAAAUAAAAAUUAUUCAAAUGAUA